GAGACUUGACAUAACGGGGCACACUACUGAGAGGAAGACGCGGCGGCGUUUGCUCAGGCAUCUCACCGCACCGCACUGCACGGCACGACCCGGCGGGCUUGGGGGAAGUCGGCGUCCCGCUCACCCCGCGCUUCCCACCUGGAUAUAACCGGACGCACACGCAAGCGGAGACGCGGACAAUUAUGGCGACGUUGGGGCCGGAGUCGGCUCGCCCUCCCCUCGGCUCCUCUCCGUGUAACCAGAAUCACGUCGGCGGCGCGAACCUGCCUCUCAACCGGGGCUUGGAGCGAGCGCUGGAGGAGGCGGCGGCCAGCGGCGUGCUGAACCUCAGCUGCCGCAAGCUGAAGGAGUUCCCCCGGACAGCAGCCAACCACGACCUGAGCGAUACGGUGGAGGCAGACCUCUCAAAGAACCGGCUUAGCGACGUCCCCUCAGAGGUCUGCCACCUGGUCGCCUUGGAGACUCUAAACCUGUAUCACAACUGCAUCAGGACCAUCCCAGACAGCAUCAUCACCCUGCAGUCGCUCACAUCCUUGAAUCUCAGUCGAAACCAGCUGGGCUCUCUGCCGUCAUGCCUCUGUGGCUUACCUCUGAGGGUCCUUAACGCCAGCAACAACAAGUUGGUGAGCCUGCCGGAGGCCAUCGGGCAGCUGCACAGCCUCAUGGAGCUGGACAUCAGCUGUAAUGAGAUCACGGCUCUCCCUCGUCACAUCAGCAGACUCAAAGCUCUGCGGGAACUUAACGUGCGGCGAAAUCUUCUCUGCGUCCUGCCAGAAGACCUGGCCGACCUUCCUCUGGUAAAGUUCGACUUCUCAUGUAACAAGGUGUCCACCAUUCCGGUGUGUUACAGAAAAAUGAGGCACCUCCAGUCGCUGCAGUUGGAGAACAACCCACUGCAGAGCCCACCUGCACAGAUCUGCAUCAAGGGUAAAGUCCACAUAUUCAAGUAUCUGAGCAUCGAGGCGUGUCGCAGUGAGAAGAUGCCCGACUCGUUGUACCUCCCCGUCAUGGAGCGACUCAGUUUUACACGUCCUUCCACUGGCAGCGUGGAGGACAUGGAGCAGCAGAAGAAGCAGGACAGCGACUCAGGAGUCGGCAGCGACAACGGAGACAAGAGGCUGUCUGCGACCGAGCCUUCAGACGAAGACAGCCUGAGUCUCAAUGUGCCGAUGAGCAACAUUACAGAGGAGGAGGGAAUCAGCAAAGACGACUCCAGCGAACACAUCAGCUCCCUGACGGCCGACCCAACCUCCGACUCGGUGCGUCUGAUAGAGGAGAGCCCUACGGAAGCCCUGAAUGACCCGUUGAGCUACAGAGACUCGGCUCUCAGCACCCACUUCCUCAGCUACAUCAAGGGUCGAACGGCAGCAGACUACGAAGAGCCCCUCAGGAUAGAGGAAGAUCCACACUGGCAAACAGACCAAACGUCAAAGGUCACAGGUGGCACAGAGCUCCACGUUGACAUGAUUAAUCAGCUACAGGAGGCCGUGGAGCUGCUGCAGAACCCCAGCAGAGUGAGCUCAGAGCAGGAGGAUAUGUCUGAUGUCCGGCUGUACCCUGUAGAGAUGGUCACAGUGGAAGAGUCAUUCAAUGGACAGGACUGUAAUGACGGCAGCACAACACCAAAGCGAGAAGACGGAUCCCCAGCCACGGGACUUCCAUCUCUCUCCAGUCCGCCGUUUGGGCUGAAACCUCGCUCAGCCCCGCCCUCACUGCCGUGCUCACCCCCUCCUUCCUGUCUAGACCCCUCCUUCCUCUCACAGGCCUCACCCCUACAUCGUAGACAUGGCGACGGAGGCAUGCACAGCCAGGUGUUCCUGCGGAGCCACAAGAGUAUGGAGUCUGUGGAUCCCCAGUUCACCAUGAGGCGGAAGAUGGAGCAGCUGCGGGAGGAGCUGGAGCUCAUGGAUCAACUGAGAGAUAUCAUAGAGAGCAGACUGAAAGUCAUCCUCCCCGAAGACCUCGGCUCGUCUCUGAUGGACGGCGUCGUGCUCUGCCAUCUGGCCAAUCACAUUCGCCCGCGCUCUGUCGCCAGCAUCCACGUCCCUUCACCUGCAGUGCCCAAGCUCAGUAUGGCGAAAUGUCGAAGAAACGUAGAGAACUUCCUGGAUGCCUGCAGGAAAAUAGGUGUACCGCAGUCUUCCCUUUGCUCGCCCUACGACAUCACACAGUGCCGUCUGCACUCGGUCCGCGCCACAGUUCUGGCUCUUGCUGCAUUGGAUACCACCUCUCCAGACCGGAAGCUUGACCAGACAAUCUCAGCUGGUAGCCCUGCCUCCUGCAGGGCCGCAGAAACACGUUCCCAGGUCUCGGUUACCACCCAAACCCCGACUCCUGCUUGGCAGAUCUGGGACAUUAUUGGCUCCAGCCUGGUUCAUAUCCUCUGCUUAGUUCUUCUGUUCAUAGCCUACAGUUGGAUCGAGCUAACGUAACAGUGACUACACGCCUGCAAGCUCUGCCUUCCUCCUGCCAAGGCUCCUCCCCUUUUUGGUCACCUUUAUGUCAUGUGGACUAACCACACACAAAUCUGAGCCAUGAGAUCAUUCCCUCUGUCUUUUAUAUCCUUUUGUCAGGUUAUGAGUGUUUCAAGGUGCUGCAGAAAAGGUCUGUAACCGUUUUUGAGGCAGUCACUAUGUUUAUGGCAUGUGACUGAAAUAAAAAAAAAUGUCCUUCUGCAGAUAUUACAUGAAGAAAACGGAGCAGAGGGAUUCCCUCCCUCUCCCAUGUGAUACAACUGAAGGGUCCGCAUGAGCCAUUGCCUCUAUCUUUGCUUUUCUUUUGUCUUUGCAAUGAACUGGAACCAAAGCUGUUAGGAGUGGCAGAACACGAUAGGAUCAGGGCAUCUGUGCAGGACUGACCGUCGAUAUAACAGACAUCCAUCAGAAAACGUGUGAACAUGCCAGCAAAUGCACCUUAUUGUAUGUUUAUAAUCAGGAGGUUGUUUAAAAAUGUCUACAUUGCGAUUGCGCAUAGUGGACCGCGUUUAUUGCAGUUUGUUUAUCAAAUAAGAGUUUUGUAAAAAUCUAGCAGCCAUUUAAGACCAUCAUGGAGAUCUGCUGGCUAAUUGGCUGGAACGUCACAUUAUUUGCUAACACAAACCAUUUAUUAUUAUGGCUUCAGGAUCAAAGUAUCCAAACAGUGUGAUAUGGAGUCUAUUUAAAUUUUGUAGAACAUUACAUAUUCAAGUUCUGAUUUUAAAACGUCAACAGUGUUGUACCCUACACCCCUGGGAUUGGUAGGUUUAAUUUUAGGCUUGGAUCAUUACUGACCUGGAUCAUCCUAACAUAAACAAAUCGGCCAACUAUACUUCGUUACCAUUAAUGUACUUAAGAAAUUUUGAUCAAAUCUAGUCAAAUUGCAGAGCUGAUAUCUUGUAAACCUUAAUUAACAAAAAUGUGUAUAUAUAGACAAAUCUCAUGUAGUGGUCUAAUCAGGAGUGAAUGUGGCUCACAGCCACUGAGAUACACACCCAAAGGUAGGUAUGGAUUGGUAUGAGAUUCUCAGUAAAAUACCCUUGAUUACAAUAUACUACAGCUGAUAUUAAGGCAACUUUGUAUUUCACCAUAAAUUCACCAACAUUUUUUUUAAAUAUGAUAUGAAUAAAGUAGUUUUGAAAAACUGUUUUUUAAUACAUAAUGGCAGCAAUGUUUCCUACAUUCCUUCUGCCAAGUAAAGUUAUUAAAGUUAUAAUUUAUGUUGAAAGAAAGAAAAUAAAAACCUGUAAAAAGUACAUGUGCCUACUGCACAAAGUAAUUUACUUUUCGGAGAAGUUAUUGAAUUCAUGUCUUCAGCUAAGGAAUUAUUUAGUGCUCCUCUUAAAGAUAACUGACCAUCAGUCCACAGCAACAGGUGUGAGGUAGGGGUAGUGCUGCAUUACUCUAUAGCUCCAAAUACCCAGAGGAAACAUAGGUCAGUCCAGCACAUUUUCUGGCAUCUUCUUAAUGGAUCUAAAAGAUUGGAUUGACAUGAUGGAAUAUUUUUAGAAAUUACAACUUUUUAAAACCUUGGUAUCUCCAUACUGGCAACUGAUUCCUCCCUACCUAGCAGUAAUUGUGAAAUUUGGAUGUGAUGUGGUACACAUCCAGACCAGAGAUGGGUUCCAAAUGACUCGCAUUGCUUAGCUCUAGGACGUCUUCAAUAGGCUUCAGAGAACAUAAGUGGUGUCGUGAUUCAAGUUUUGUCACAAGCAACACCAGUGCAAAUGGCAGUCACUUGAAACAGAGGUCGAAGGUCACACACUGAUAGAAUUCCUCAUAGACACAAAGACAAUUACUUCGACAGAGUGUUGAGGUCUUUGACCUGGAAUCGACUCUGCUUUAAACCUUCCUUGGCCGCGCCCAUACGCUUUAAUAAAUUGGUGCUUUAGCUAUGACACCUUAGAGGUUUUUUUCUUGGGAAUGACUUUACCUGAAUUCUCAUUUACCCUUGCUGUUUGGGAGCAUUUCAGCAGUGGAACAAAGUCGUUACAUUCAGCUGACACUGAGCGAUAACUCCUCCCAUCCUUAAUUUUCAGCAAUAAAAGCAGCACAAUGGUUCGGUAAUGGCAAUCCUACUUUAUAACUUGUAUAGAUUACAAGAUUGUAUAGAUUAUACCAGGUGAGUCAGUUAAACGUGCAAAGGGGCAUUCAGAAGUGGGGAAUAUGAUAUCCCAUACGUUUUCAAAAAUAAACCUGGAAGUGCGAAACAACAUUAUUCCUGUGAAUCAUGAAGAUGGUGUCAAGUCAGCUAAUGCGGGAUGUGACUACCUCGCUUCGGGCCUUUCACAGGACACAUGGAGACAGGAAAUUAGGCACCUUAAUACGGCCCUGUAGGCCUGUAUUGUACAUGAAGUCAUGGUUGGGUACUUAGUCCUUACAGGCUCUAGACCAGGGGUCACCAACAUGGUGCCCGUCGGCACCAAGUAGCCCUGAGGACCACAUGUGAUGCCCACAAUCUUGUUCUAAAAAAAGCACAACCCACCAGUGAGCUGCAUCUAAAAAUAUGUUUAUUUUACAUAAAGUUAAGGUGAACUCUGACUCUUUUAGUUCAAAUGUCAGUACUAGUAGCCCUUCCUAUGACAUAACACCAAUGAAGUAGCUCUCAGUUUCAAAAAGGUUGGUGACCCCUGCUCUAGAGGGUAGGCACAGAGCACAAAACAAAAGCACCCAACAGGCUUGACGGUGAACUUCACAGUAUGUGGAGGGUCAUCCUUACCACGUAGUGCCAGACGACAUCAUAUGCAAAUCAUAACAUUCCUUUUUGGGGCUUAACUUAAGCAUUGGGGACUUGGCUUUUAAGUUUAUCUCUGCUAGAGACACAGGUGAACAGUUAGAGUUCCUACUGGACAUUAGUGGUGUUGCAUUUAAAGUCUUUUCCACACUGUCCUUAUCAGAAUCAGAAUCAGACAUACUUUAAUAAUCCCGAGGGAAAUUACAUACCUUUCAUAACUAGUAACAAAGUCCGCCUUUUCACUUCAUGACUUCAAUUCAAAGUGCAUCAGCUUGGUGAGGAGAUAGCCUACCUAGCUUGUUAACAAAGGUGUCAGAAGAAGUUUCAUAUUUGGCUACCUUAUGGUAACGCAUAUUGUGACCAUUUACCACUGAUUAUGAGAUGAUUUGCUGUAUAUUGGAAAUUUGUAUUUAUUUUCUGAAUACAAGUUGCUUUAAUAAAUUUCCAGGUACGGAUAAGUAUGGAAAAAAAAGAAAAACCAGUUUGGAAAAAUGUUGGAAUUUUCUGAUAAUUUUUUUCUUUCAUUCUGUUUUAUAAAAGCCAAAGGUCUAGCAUUGUUCAAUAAUUACCCUGGUUUUGACAGUGGCUUUCAAAAAAGAUUAAACAAUUUUACAUAAAAGGGGGCUUUUUCAUUACCCGUUUAGUUUCUAGAUAACUUUAAGUUAUCUAGAAAAGUAAGUAAGUUCUAAUGGAGCUGUGGUUCUUAAACUUGGUUUAAAAUACCAAAAAAAGCAGCAAAAUGGCUACUUCUAAGGAUUUUUACUGACAAAAUAAAAUUGCCUACAAUCACAAACUCUGCUUCAUAGAAUCUGCAUUUAGCCUAGGUUACUCAAUUCCUUAUCUGACAAGUCCUAGAUUUAUACAUUUUGAAAUGGAGCUAAUCUAGAUAAGUCCAAAACGCCUCUACAUUCUGGGAAUCAAAAGCCAAUACAAGUAUUUUGUUGUUUCAUUCAUUGGAUGUGAAACUUAGAAAAGACCUGUGUAUUAUUCAACAUGUUGUACUCAAAUCCCAGGAAUGGUAUUAAAUGCAGAGAACCCUCUAGAAAUGUGUGUCAGGAAAAGUAUGGAAUUUUGUAACAGAAAAUGUGUAGGAACUCUGAUUUGUUCACUUCUAACGUGUUACUGAAGAGCAUAUUUUACCACAUUCAACUAUUUAAAAACUGUAACUCUGAUAUUUUCCUGUUUUUCAUUUGCUCAAUUAUAAUUGUAAUUGCCGUUUAUGUUUUAAACAUGAAAAAUCAAAGGCU